CCUCCCACAUACUCUUCCAGCUUAGUAGCCUGAGACAAGGAAGUCCCAGAUGAGGGAAGAGAAGUUUGUGGGAGAAAAGUUGCUCCUGGAAGAAGGAUGCUGCAGUCCAGCCUGUCCUGGCUGGGCCUGGGCUGGCUGCUCACUACCUCCCCAUGGCUGCUCCUGACGCUGGCUGGGGCCUCCUGGCUUUUGGCUCGAAUCCUCACCUGGACCUACACUUUCUACAACAAUUGCUGUCGCCUCCGAUGUUUCCCACAGCCCCCCAAACGGAACUGGUUUUGGGGUCACCUGGGCCUGACAAAGAGCAAUGAGGAGAGCAUGAAGCUGAUGGAGGAACUGGGCCACUACUUCCGCGAUAUCCACCUGUGGUGGAUUGGGCCCAUCUACCCCAUCUUGCGGCUCGUCCACCCCAAGUUCGUGGCCCCCCUGCUCCAGGCUCCAGCUGGGUUUGCACCCAAGGAGAUGACCUUCUACAACUUCCUGAAGCCCUGGCUGGGUAAUGGACUCUUGCUGAGCGCCGGCAGCAAGUGGAGCCGCCACCGCCGCAUGCUGACCCCCGCCUUCCACUUCAACAUCCUGAAGCCAUACGUGAAGAUUUUCAACAGGAGUGUGAACACCAUGCACGCCAAGUGGCAGCGUCUGAUCUCUGAGGGCAUUGAGCGUCUGGACAUGUUUGAGCACAUCAGCCUCAUGACCUUGGACAGUCUGCAGAAAUGUGUCUUCAGCUUUGAUAGCAACUGCCAAGAGAGGCGCAGUGAAUACAUCGAGGCCAUCUUAGAGCUGAGCACCCUCAUAGUGAAACGGUACCACCAGAUCUUCCUGCACACAGACUUCCUCUACUACCUCACCACUGAUGGCCGGCGCUUCCGCAAAGCCUGUCGCCUUGUGCACAACUUCACUAAUGCUAUCAUCCAGAAACGGCGCCACACCCUUACCAUCCAGGGCACCGAGGACUGCCUCAAGGCCAAGGCCAAGUCCAGGACUUUGGACUUCAUCGAUGUAUUGCUCCUAGCCAAGGAUGAAGAUGGGAAGCCACUGUCGGAUGAGGACAUCCGAGCAGAGGCCGACACCUUCAUGUUUGGGGGCCACGACACCACGGCCAGCGGGCUCUCCUGGGUCCUCUACAACCUAGCCAAGCAUCCGGAGCACCAGGAGCGCUGCCGGCAGGAGGUGCAGGAGCUCCUGAGGGACCGUGAGCCCAAGGAGAUGGAGUGGGACGACCUGGCCCGGCUGCCCUUCCUGACCAUGUGCAUCAAGGAGAGCCUGCGGCUGCACCCACCUGUCACUGUCAUCUCCCGCUGCUGCACCCAGGACAUUCCGCUGCCUGAUGGCCGGGUCAUCCCCAAAGGGAACAUCUGUGUCAUUAGUAUCUUUGGAAUUCAUCACAAUCCUUCUGUCUGGCCGGACCCUGAGAUCUACAACCCCUACCGCUUCGACCCUGAGAACGUGAAGGACCGAUCACCACUGGCUUUCAUCCCUUUCUCGGCGGGGCCCAGGAACUGCAUCGGGCAGACCUUCGCACUGAGCGAAAUGAAGGUGGCGCUGGCGCUGACGCUCCUGCGCUUCCGCGUGCUGCCCGACGCCUCGGUGCCCGAGCCGCGCCGGAAGCCGGAGCUGAUCCUACGCGCAGAGGGCGGCCUGUGGCUGCGCGCGCAGCCCCUGGACUGACUGCUCCGGCCCGGGCAGGACCCCAAUAAAGCUGUACCCCCACCUAUG